AUGGACCGACCAGCGACCUUAUCCGGCUCGCCCCCGCACAAGAUCUCGAGACUGAGUGGACCUGCACCGGCCUAUCGCACUACGCACGCCUCGACCAUGUCUACCUCGCCUACCAACGCCGGGCCACCGCCAUCGUCGCCGUCGUUCUCUUCGUCCCAGGUGACUGCACCCAGUUCGGCGUCGACCCCGGCUGCGGUGGGACGCAAGAGGCUGGGCCUGACCACGGGCUUGGAGAAGGCGACGGUCAAGAAGUUGGUGCUCAAAGCAACGCGUGAGUAGGAGUCACCUGCCCACGUACCACGCACUGCAUGGCUCAUUCGCGCCGCCGUCGCCUCCCGAUCGAGCAGCUCGCGCGACACCCCCACCCGAUCCCUCGAUCCGCAUCUCCCAGGCGAUCGUCACCCUGACCCGCGCCGCACGAGCGAUCUUGACCGUCCAGCCCACGCCAGAGUCCCUUCAAGCACUCUACGGCCUUUGUCAGCAAGUGGUCGUCGGGGGAGCAUCGUACGCGCAAGAGCUCUACGACAGACUUAAGCUCGAGCUUGAACGAGCCUCGAGCCAGUUGAGGCGUGACUUGGUGCAGAUCGUCACGCCCACGACUUCGCGCAAGAACGAGGAGGUGCUCGCCCAGAUCGACGAACGGAUCAAGCAAUUCCUCGACCAGACGCUGUUGAUCCGCUCUGUCUUCCUCUAUCUCGAUCGAGCCUACGUACUGCCCUUGCCGACCCUCCUCGGAAUCUGGUGAGUGGCGUCGACCACGGCAUCGCCUCGGCUCCGGGUACCGCGCCUCAGUGGUUGACCAGCAGUAUGGUACAUCACCUUUCCUCUUACCCAGGGAGCUCGGGCUCGAUAUCUUGCGGCAUUCGGUCCUCGCCGACGAAGCGAUCGCCGAGCGCAUCACCUCGGCGCUCAUCAACCUCAUCGUUCGCGAAAGGUUCGUCAGAGCUCGAACCGUCCUCAGAGACAUGCCAUACGCAGUCACAGAACUGAUCUCCACACGGUGUUUGCUAUCCACAGAGAUGGCGAGGCUAUUCCCCGGGCGCUCGUUCAAUCGGUCGUGACGGCGCUCUCGACCAUCUCGACACAAUCCCACCUGACCCUCUUCGUGGCCCCCUUCCUCGCAUCUUCGCGCACCUACUACGAAGCCGAAGGCGUGACGCUCUCUUCCGAACUUAAUGCAUCGUCCUUUCUGCGCCGCGUCAAUCAGAGGCUGUCCGAGGAAGCCGAGCGGUGUGAUUCGGGCAUGGUGGGGGUGGCGCUCAAGGGUGAUGUCCUCCGGGUCGUGCUCGACGAGAUGGUCAAGAACCACGUCGAGGCGAUCGCAACGAAGCAAGUCGGAGCCAUGGUCUCCGAGAAUCGGACGACCGAUUUAUCGAGUCUAUACUCGCUUCUAUCACGUAUCAGCGCUUUGCCUAUCCUGCGUAACGCUUUCCUCGAGCACUUCAAAGCGACCGGCCUGGCGAUCGUCCUCGACAAGGAACAGGACGACAAGAUGGUGAUCAACUUGAUCGCAUUACGGAAUAGUGGUUCCAACAUUGUCGAGCAGUGUUUCGCGAGGGAACAGCAAUUUUCGCAAGCCAUCUCUUCCGCAUUCGAAUUCUUCAUCAAUAAGCGGGAGAACAAACCGGCAGAGAUGAUUGGUCGGUCGUUGGGCCCAAGUGAUUGGCGCUCUUUGCCUUCGAUGGCUCUGACACCUCAUGUGCUCUUUGUUCUUCAGCUAAAUUCUUGGACGCCAAGCUCCGUUCGGGCAAUAAAAGUAUGGGCGAUGCCGAGUUUGAAAAGCUGCUCAACGACGUCUUGUUCCUCUUCCGGUUCACUCAAGGUGGGUGGUUCGACCUCCGGCCCCCAGAUGUAAGCACAGAUGACUGACUCUGAGAUGCUAUGUGUUCUACAGGCAAGGAUAUCUUUGAGGCAUUUUACAAGCGGGACCUUGCGAAACGGUUGCUUCUCAACAAGUCCGCGUCCUUUGAUGCUGAGAGAAGCAUGUUGCUUAAGCUCAAGGAUGGUUAGUUUAAGCGCUUCACUCGACCUCGGCACACUUCUGCUUACUCAGGUCUUCGGCAUGCAAAUUCUCGCAGAAUGCGGAGCGGGCUUCACGCAAAAGCUCGAGCUCAUGUUCAAAGGUUGGUCUUGGUGUGCUCUCAUGUCCUAUGGCGCCAACUGAUGUGUUGUUUCUAUGCCGGCCUAGAUAUCGAGCUUUCGGAAGACAUCAUGCGAGCCUACGCCGACUCUUCGGCCGCACAAUCAUGUCCAUUCGACCUCUCCGUCAACGUCUUAAGUACAGGCAAUUGGCCGGCCUAUCUUCCUACAACGGUCACGCUUCCAUCGGACAUGGCCUCAGCGCUCGACAAGUUCAAAGUCUUUUACCAAUCCAAGCACCAAGGCCGCGCUUUGACCUGGGCGCACGCGCUGGAUUACUGCUCGCUUCGCGCCAAGUUCCCCAAGGGGGGUAGGAAGGAGUUGAGCGUGUCGUUGUUCCAGACGGUGAUUUUGUUGUUGUUCAAUGAUGUCGCCGAUGGCGCGAAGCUGGGGUUCAAUGAGAUUGUCGAAGCGACUAGAUUGGGUGAGUGUCUCCCGAGCUGUCCUUCGUCAGAAAGAGGAUUGUACUGACUCGUCCAACUUUCUUCACUGUAAUCAGAUCCGAAAGAGGCGGCGAGAACGCUGCAGUCCCUCGCGUGUGGUAAAGUCCGGGUCUUGCAGAAGCACCCCAAGGGUCGCGAUGUCAACCCGACGGAUCAGUUCUCGUUUAACAAAGUUGGUCCGACCUGAAAUGUGACGGUUGACAUAGAUGCUGAGAACUAAUGUCGUAUUGAACGCAUUCUAUCUAUUCAGGAGUUCAAGGACGAUCACAUCAAGAUCAAGAUCAACCAGAUACAGCAAAAGGAAACGGUGCGUUUGCGACCUGGGCCGCACGUGAUACUGUUCUGACCUGGGGACAUCGAUUUUUGUGUACAGGCGGAAGAGAACAAGUCGACCACAGACCGCGUCUUCACCGAUCGGUCGUCACACUUGCAAUUGGCGAUUGUGCGAAUCAUGAAGGCGCGCAAGACGCUCAAAUACACGGAGCUGUGAGUCGAGGAAUGCCUCCCAGUCGAGACGAAGGGUUUAUGAAAGCUCACGAGUUCCUCCCACAUCACCAGUGUGAUGGAAGUGGUGACGCAGAUCGGAUCGCGGUUCAAGGUCGAGACGAGCGAGAUCAAAAAGGUUUGUCCGCGAACUCCCUCUCGUCCGCCCUGUCCGCCAUACGGUCGUGCACGCACCGUCCACAGCGACUGACGCAUUGUUGCCAUCUGUUGUCGUGGUUCAACUUUGACAGGCCAUCAGCUCGUUGAUGGACCGAGAAUAUAUGCGGCGAAGCGAAACCGAGCAGAACGUGUUUGAGUAUGUCGCCUAA